UUCUUUUCAUGGUUUAGUUUGCAAUAAGCUCUCUGUUUGACAAAAUCUAAGUUAUCACGGAAAAAGUUCAGUGUUGUAAUAUUCAUAAUACAUAUAAUUUGUAUACUUUAUACCAAAAAAACGAAAAAAGUUGUGGAAAAGUGCAUUUCGGUAGGUUUAAAUUCUAGUGUACUCGCAUGGGUACAGUGGGAACAUUCAUAUAUAUUUUGUGUGCAUAUUUCAUGUAGAUUUGGUAAUGGAUGUAAAAAAAUUUUACGGAAAGAGGUUUCAUAACCUUUCUGCGGCCACCGACUAUAUUGAAUCAAGCGACCGUAGUCACUUCGACUUCGCUAUUAUACCGCCAAAUACCCACUGUGACACAGAUGAGGAGGACAUUGAAGAGGAUAAUAUAUUGCGUGAUGAUAUUCCAACCUUGGAAUCGUAUUUUUCGAUUCUUCUUUACGUCAUAUGACCUUCUUAGAAUUUUGAAAGAACAAGGAUUUAAGGCUACUGGGACUGUUCGUGAACGGCGGACCAAAAAAUGUCCUCUGAAAACGAACAAAGAACUACAAAAGAAGCAACGGUCUCCCCGUUUGAUUUUAUGUUUUCUGACUCAGGAAUACUUUUUGUGACGUGGAAUGACAAUAGCGUUGUGACAGUGGGAACAAACUAUGAUAGAAUUGCACCUUUACAUACCGUCAAACGAUGGUCAAGACAAGAGAGGCGCAAGGUGAAUGCCCAGCAGCCGAAGUUGAUAGCGGAAUACAACUCAGGAAUGGGAGGAGUUGACCUCCACGACCAAGCUUUGAAUACUUACAAUAUAAAGUUUAGAGGAAAGAAAUGGUGGUGGCCUCUUUUCUCCACAAUGAUAAGCUCGUGCGUAGUAAACGCAUGGAAGCUUUAUAAAAUGGCAAGUAAGAGUCAAUGCGACUUGUUGCAAUACCAACGUGAAAUUGUGCGAUUUUAUUUACGCAAUUAUAAUAUCCGGGACAUAUCUUCAAAACGAUCGACAACGGCAUCAAUAGCUGGUUCCUCAUAUAACCAUUUUCCCAAAAGGAUAUCGAAUCAGCUGAGGUGCAGGGAGUGUCACCAAAGAAUUCGAUGGAUUUGCGAGUUAUGCAAUCAUGGCUACUAUCGCACUCCAUGUGUGUGUGAUCGGGUACCAUAA